UCCUGCCCCUCCUGGUCCCUGCCUUGGGCUCUGGGCACACUUGGUGGGAAAGAAGAGGGCGAGCAUAACUGAAGAUGGGGCUGGGGUCAGAGGUCCUGGGGGAGGCCCGGGGAUGGGUGAGCUCGGGAGUCUGGGAGCGCCUGGCUUGAUCCUAUGGCCUCUGGGUUCUGCGGGCCUCAGUUUCCUCCGCUGGGACGGUGGGUGGCAGUACCAGCCCUCAGCUGCCUGGAGAAGGGAGGGUACGGACAGUGGCGGAAAGGAGAGUGGAAGAGGCCCCUCGUGGAAGGAGUGUUGGAAGCCCCAGUGGUACUUGUUCCAGGCGCCCAGGAUGAGGGGGACACGACAGGUGGGCAGGGCACAAAGACCAAGCGGGUAUGGCGAAUGGAAGGGGGGACGGACAGGAGCCCUCUGCCUGGGAAAGGUGGGCAAGAACCACCUGCCUCCGCCACGUGCCACAGCGGAGGCCCGCGUGGAGGCACCGGCUGAAGACUAAGGAGCGCCACCAUCUGUUUCUGCCACCCGUGACCUCAAUAGUCCAACAACAACAACAAAAAACAUAUAUGAACCCCUGAAGACCCCAGAGCCUCCCCCACUUUCCAGUCGUAUCAUAUGAGCCACAAUUUCAUCCUCUAUAAAUUGGGACAAUAAACUCCUUUGCAGAGUUGGAAGGGUUCGUCAAGAUUGAUGUGUAAAGGAUGACCUGGCACACGCCCACAGCGAGGCCCACCACCUCCCCAAUUCUGGCAGUGGCAGCCCCCUCCUUGACUCCGAAAAGGAGCGGCGAGGAGCGCGCACGCGCGAUGGGGCAGUCUUAUUUGGAAGCCCCGGCGGCCCGGCGGGCGGCCAUCUUGAUAAAGGGCAGCGACGGCAGCUUCUUGACGUCAUCAGUCGGCGCGACGUGCGGACACCCGGCGGUUCAGGUCGCUUCGGGUGCGGUGGUUGGGGUGGGGUGGGGCAGGACGGGCGGCGGGCGCGGCCGGGGGUGAGUGGUUGAGGGGCGUGAUGGGCGAGGCGGCCGUGGCCGCAGGGCCUUGCCCGCUGCGCGAGGAUAGCUUCACGCGCUUCUCGUCGCAGAGCAAUGUGUACGGGCUGGCGGGCGGCGCGGGCGGGCGCGGGGAGCUGCUGGCCGCCACCCUUAAAGGCAAGGUGCUGGGCUUCCGCUACCAAGACCUCCGACAGAAAAUCCGGCCCGUGGCCAAGGAACUGCAGUUCAACUACAUUCCCGUGGACGCAGAGAUUGUCUCCAUCGACACCUUCAACAAGUCACCCCCAAAGCGGGGCCUGGUGGUGGGGAUCACGUUCAUCAAGGAUUCAGGGGACAAGGGCAGCCCCUUCCUGAACAUUUACUGCGACUAUGAGCCUGGCUCUGAGUACAACCUUGACUCCAUAGCCCAGAGCUGCCUGAACCUGGAGCUUCAGUUCACACCUUUCCAGCUGUGCCAUGCAGAGGUCCAGGUCGGGAAUCAACUGGAGACAGUGUUUCUCCUGAGUGGGAAUGACCCGGCCAUUCACCUGUACAAGGAGAACGAGGGGCUGCAUCAGUUUGAAGAACAGCCCGUGGAAAACCUCUUCCCAGAGCUCACGAACCUGACCAGUAGCGUCCUCUGGCUUGACGUCCACAACCUCCCCGGCACGUCCCGGCGACUCUCCGCCCUCGGCUGUCAGAGUGGUUAUGUCCGAGUUGCCCACGUGGACCAGCGAAGCCAAGAGGUCCUGCAGACAUGGACGAUCCUGCAGGAUGGCCCCAUCUCCCGAGUGAUCGUGUUCAGCCUCUCGGCCCCCGAGGAGACCGGGGACCGGCCACAGCGGGAAGAGUAUGGUGUGCUUGUAGCCAGCAUGUUGGAACCUGCAGUGGUGUAUCGGGACCUGCUGAGCCGGGGCCUCGAGGACCAGCUUCUCCUGCCUGGCAGUGACCAGUUUGACAGCGUCCUCUGUGGCCUGGUCACCGAUGUGGACCUGGAUGGGCGGCCCGAAGUCCUGGUGGCCACCUACGGGCAGGAGCUGCUCUGUUACAAGUACUUCGGUCCAGAGUCCGGGCUCCCCGAGGCCGAGCGCGGAUUCCGCCUGCUGUGGCAGCGAGGCUUCUCCAGCCCGCUGCUAGCCAUGGCGCACGUGGACCUGACCGGGGACGGGCUGCAGGAGCUCGCCGUGGUCUCCCUGAAGGGCGUGCACAUCCUGCAGCACAGCCUGGUCCAGGCAUCGGAGCUGGUCCUGACCCGGCUUCGGCAUCAAGUACAGCAGAGGAGACAUCAGUCGCAGAGGCUUGGGGACAGGGCUGGUCUGGGGCCCGCUGAGACCUCGGCCUCCUGAGCUCCCACCCCACUGCCUGCCCCGGAGCCAGGGGCAGUUCGCUGGAGUAAUCGCCCCUAGCCAUUCAUGGUGGGGAAGCCUCCUGAAGGAGGGGAUGGUCUCCCCAGGCCCCCCAGGAUGGUGGAGCUGGGAGUUCUUGCUCAGGCUCUGCCCCAUUGUGCCCUGCAACCCUGGCUGAUGCACCCCUGUCUCGUACCUCAGUGUCCCCGUUUGAAAAUGGGAUGAUCUCACCUGACUCCCCCCCCUUUUGCCCCCAGUGAGAAUUGGUCAGCCAAUGAUUAUAUGUCCAGAGGA